UCAUUCAUAGCGUCACCUUUGCAUCACAUGACUCGUCGCCGCCUUUUACGUCACGUGUCAACAUGGCUGCUGGGUUGAGUAGUGAAGAUUUCACCAACUUGCAGCUUCUUCUAAAGGCUCCCUCUAAAGAUGCAGUGAGAGAUGUCUGCGUUCAGAGCCACAGAGCUCUGAGUCAGAGGCUGACAGAAAACACUGCAGCCACAUUCAGCAUCCCUGCAGCGCAGGCUGCUCAGCUGAUCCAGUCCCUUCACACUCUGUCACACCACGUCCUCUUCUACAACCUGACGUCUCCUGAGCAGAUCCUCGCCGUCUUCCCAGAGUCCUUCCACUCCAGUCUGAAGAACCUGAUCACUAAGAUCCUGCUGGAGAACAGUCCGGCGUGGAGGACAGAAGCUCUCAGUCGCCAGGUCUCCCUGCCUCAGCUGAAGGAGCUGGACUGGAGGGUUGACCUGGUGACUGGUUCUGACUCAGUUAGCCGGAUGGCAGUGCCAACCUGCUUGGUUCAGCUGAAGAUGGAGGAUCCAUGUCCGUCAGCCGUUGGGGAUUCGAUCUCUACCGUUACAGUGGAGCUGAGCAGGGAGUCACUGGACACCAUACUGGACGGACUGGGACGUAUAAGAGACCAGCUGUCUGCGGUGGCUGGGAAGUGAGGCGAUCCUGUAGACCCACAGCGUCGUCCUCCAGUGGCUUUUUUGGGACAAAGGUUUUGUCCUAUAGAUGGUUUACGUCACAAAGUAUAGAUGCGGUUCUGAUUUUGUUCACAUGGAUGCUGUAGGCUUGUCAUUCUGAAUACUGUUGUGCCAAAUUAGAUAGCAAAAAAAACUUGCUGCAGAUUAUCAGGCCAGGAAAGAUGAACUUAACUUUUGUUAAAUAAUAUGUUAAAAUGAUUGUUUCACAUUCUGUAUAUACAUUUAAUGUCUUAGAUUAUUCUUCCUAAAUGUCUCAUGUGUAAAAGUAUUUUGUUUCCAUUUCUACCAAUAUGAAAAUAAACUGACACAGUCAGA